AUGAGGUCGACACCUGUGUUUCCAAUCCUGCUUCUUGCUCCUUGCCUUGCCGCAGCUCAGUCUUCCACAGCGACCAGCGUCAAGGCUGAGUUCACUGUCCCAGCGAGUGCUGACUAUGGCGUCACUCUUCUCGCUAACAUCGACGACCCUACUGCGGCCGAUGCCCAGGUGAAAUGUCCUGGUUACACGGCCGCGGGAGUGAGCACGUCUUCAACGGGAUUAACGGCUCAUUUGACUCUUGCUGGCACUGCCUGCAAUGUCUACGGGACUGACAUCCAUGACUUGGACUUGACGGUCGAGUAUCAGACCUCGUCCCGGCUCCACGUCAACAUUCGGCCUUCCCAUGUAACCUCCCAGAACCAGAGCUGGUAUCUUCUCUCGACCGACUAUGUUCCUGCGGGGAGCCCGAGUGGUGGAGCAGUGACCACAAGCGACUUGACAUUCUCCUGGGCCAACUCAAACACCACGGGAUUUUGGUUUAACGUAACUCGCAACAGCACUGGAGACGUGCUGUUUUCGACGACAGGGACAAAACUGGUCUUUGAGAACCAAUUCAUCGAGCUUGUCACUCACCAGCAACAGAAUUACAAUCUCUACGGCCUUGGGGAGGUUAUUCAUGGUUUGAGACUGGGCAACAACCUCACCCGCACAAUUUAUGCCGCCGAUAUUGGUGAUUCGAUCGACCAAAACUUGUAUGGGAGUCACCCAUUCUAUCUCCAAACCAAGUAUUUCGAGGUCGGUAGCGACAACAGUACAACCCUGGUGACUGAGCAGCUCGACACGACCAACGCUACAAGCAACUAUACUUCCUACACCCACGGUGUAUAUCUUCGCAAUGCUCACGGAAUGGAAGUCCUCUUGGGAGCCAACAACGUGACAUGGAGAACUUUGGGAGGCAGCAUCGACUUGUACUUCUUCUCUGGGCCGACGCAGCCGGACGUGACACAUCAAUAUCUCAGUGUCAUUGGCAUGCCAAUGCUGCAAAACUACUGGGGAUUUGGUUUCCACCAGUGCCGCUGGGGCUAUCAAAACUGGUCCGUCACGGAAGCGGUUGUCGACAACUACGCACGCUUUGGUAUUCCGCUUGAAACAAUCUGGAACGACAUUGACUACAUGUUUCAAUACCGAGAUUUCGACAACGACCCGAUCCGCUUCAACUACUCGGACGGGACGGCCUUUCUCCAACGUCUCCACAACAAAGGCCAGCAUUAUGUCCCCAUCAUUGAUUCUGCCAUCUAUGUUCCCGACCCUACCAAUGCAAGUGAUGCAUACCAGCCAUUCAACGACGGCAAUGCCACCAAUUCUUUCCUCCUGAACCCAGAUGGGUCACUCUACAUUGGCGAGGUCUGGCCCGGCUAUACCGUCUUUCCAGACUGGCUCCAACCAGCCGCCCGAGCGUGGUGGAAGAAUCAGAUUGUCACUUGGCAUCAAAAACUUCCCGUCGACGGUGCUUGGAUCGACAUGAGCGAAGUAUCCUCUUUUUGCGUUGGAAGCUGCGGUACCGGCAACCUCACGCUGAACCCAGUGCAUCCAGGCUUUGGGCUUCCUGGUGAACCCGGCAACGUCAUCUACGAAUAUCCAGAAGGCUUCAAUCUGACCAAUGCCACGGAAGCUGCGUCGGCUUCUUCAGCCUCUCAAGCUCAAGCCACCCCAACAACGACGUCAGGCUCAAGCUCAAGUUCGUCCUCAUCGACAACAACCAGCUACCUGCGCUCAACACCAACAGCCGGACAACGCAAUGUCAACUAUCCGCCCUACGUGAUCAAUAACGCCCAAGGAAACCACGAUCUCGCGGUGCACGCCGUGUCUCCCAACGCCACGCACCACAACGGCAUCCAAGAAUACGACGUCCACAACCUCUUCGGCCACCAAAUCCUCCAAGCCACGUAUGCCGCCCUUUUAGCAGCGAUCCCCAACAAGCGACCCUUUGUCAUCGGCCGGUCGACAUUUCCGGGGUCUGGGACUGUGGCAGGCCACUGGGGCGGUGACAACACUUCCAAGUUUCUGUACAUGUACUUUUCCAUCCCGCAGGCCCUGUCGUUCGCUCUCUUCGGCAUCCCCAUGUUCGGCGUCGACACUUGCGGCUUCAAUGGCAAUUCGGAUGAAGAGCUGUGCAAUCGGUGGAUGCAGCUGUCCGCGUUCUUCCCCUUCUAUCGCAACCACAACACCCUCUCCGCAAAUUCCCAGGAGGCAUACGUGUGGAGUUCUGUGAUUGACGCGACCAAGACGGCCAUGAACGUGCGCUUCCAACUCCUUCCGUACAUAUACACACUAUUCUACUACGCGCACACACGGGGCGACACCGUCAUGCGCGCACUGCCGUGGGAGUUUCCCAACGACCCCAGCCUCGCCAACGCAGACCGGCAGUUCUUCCUGGGUCCCUCGAUCCUGGUGACUCCGGUGCUCACGCAGGGCGCGACCACCGUCGACGGCGUAUUCCCGGGCCUCGUCGAGGGAACCGACACCUACUACGACUGGUACAACAAAUCCCCCAUCGCUGUGCCCACAAGCAAGAACACAACCAUCGCCGCCCCCCUGGGCCACAUCCCCGUCUUCAUCCGCGGCGGCUCCAUCCUGGCCACGCAACAAAUGGCCCUGACGACCCGCGACGCGCGCAACACCUCGUGGAGCAUCAUCGUCGCGCCCGGCGUGGACGGCACCGCCAGCGGAUCUCUGUACCUGGACGACGGGGAGAGUUUGACCCCCAACGCCACCAAGACGGUCACUCUGACCGGUUCGCGGAACGGGAACGGGAGAUGGAGUCUCAACGUGACCGUCUCGGGCUCCUACACCGGCCUAGACCUCCCGCUCGCAAACGUCACUUUCUUGGGCGUGCAGACCGCUCCCGCAAACACUUCUGUGACUGUCAACGGCCACAACAUCGCCAACGCGACGUAUAAUGCCGCGAGCAAGAUUCUGAGCGUCACGGGCUUGGACCACAUCAACGCCUUGGGCGGGAAGGUCUGGGGCGGCAAUUGGACGCUCACGGCGUGA